AUGGCUGAUGUCGAAAGCGCAGGCGUGGACGAUUCGUUUGCGCAAUCCGAACCUCACGAUGAGCAACAAAUUCACAACAUGACUGUCGGCACGAGACGUCAACCGAAUGGGACGAUAGGUUCAGUCUACUCUGGGAACAAAAUCAGGCAUUUAAAAAAGGAGGACGGUAUCCCUCUGUGGCGCAAAGAUAUCCAGUAUCAGUUUCUUAAGCUCGUCUUUGAAGACAAGACGCCGGUCUUCACUCGUUGGCCAGAUGGACAGAAAAAUAUGGAUUUUGCAGAUAUUUACAUCGAUGCUAUGGCUAGGAGCAGCAAGACGAGCAAGAUUCUCAAGGACAAGCUUCAGAGCGAUAAGCAGGCGGCGAUCAAUAUGGCCAUGGUUUGCCUGUUGGUCAAUUUUGGACGGAUGAAUACGACCCUCAACUUCUUUCCCGAAAUGCGUGCUCAGCUGCGAACCUACCACUCAAUUCCUUCGUUACAAGCGCAUCAGGACCCGAACGCGUACAAGCAGUUACAAGACGCCCCCCGCCUUAAGUCCAUCCUCAAGGGUGCGUCUGAGGAUGUGGAUCAACCAAAUACUCUGGAUAAGAUAAAGCGCGAAAACGUUCCCCGUACCAAUCCGGUAAACCUGAUAUUCGUCCUCGCACAAUAUGCGCCUAAAGUGUCUGAGAUGCAUUUCUUCCCGCCCCGUGAUUUCUUUGAUCUCGUCAUGCGAUCAACCUUAAGCAGCAAAUCUCGGGCGAAGGCCUUCCUUUGGCUCAUGUGGUGGUAUCUGGAGAGUGACUUCUCCCGCGAGGCUGCCCUCAAUAAUCCCUUCGGUCCAGGGUUGGAGGGCGAGGGAACCGGAGGUCUACCGAUCAAGGUUCCCUCUUUUGAAAUCCUCACCGAAGAGCAGGCGAAUGAGGAGAAUGUUGACACUCAAUCCGAGAUCGAAUACGGGGAAGAGAAGCGCUUGGAACGCAAAAGGAUUCUAGAGGAAGAAGAGCCAACCCCUAGAGCACCCAAACGUCCCAAAAAGAUGCCGUAUUGGGAGUUCCAAUAUUUGAAACAGAUGGAGCCUGGUACUAAAAUCCCUUCUCGUCAAUUCAGCAACAAAGGGGAUGCAUACAGGGCAGCGGCGGACUCCGAUGAUCUCAUCGAGUUUCGAAAUCCUGAUGGAUCUAUCCGCUCCACUCUGAAGAUGCCUAGGGACGAAGAUUACGCCUACCAAAGUGGCAGUCUUGAUGGCCCAUCGCCGCGUAUUGUAUUGAGGACAAAGGCAGAAAACACCCCCGAUGCCGCGUCCCCAGCACCUCCAGGUUCAGGCUAUCCUAUUUUGAACCGGUUCGUUACAGAAGCUUCCCCACAUCACCAAGGUUCAAGCCGACGACCCCGCCCACUCACCCAACACCAGUUGGCUGUCGAACGAAACCGAAGACAACGCAUUGAGUACAUAUUGGCCAAGCGGAAAGGGGAAGCGUAUCGCUUACUUCGUGCGAAGAGACUAACUGAAAUACCUUUUGCACGCUACGGGCGCUUGCUGCAGAACUUACCUGAUGGUUAUGACACGGACGAUGAUAAGUCCUGGGGAAAGGGAGGUCUGUUGCCUAAUCCAGAGGAAGAAGAGGAUUUUGGCGAGUGUGCGAAUUAUUUCUUGUCGGUCAUCCGCAAGGCAUCUAGGCGACUAGACCGGUGGGACUAUGAACAUGCCAACGGACCGAGAAGGGACCGCAAAAAAGAACGAGAAGAACGCCAGAAGGCAAGAGAGGAAGCAAUGGACUUUGACGGCGAUGUAGACGGAAAGGUGUCAUCUCGAAGCAGCAGAGCCCGAGCCCAGCGUAACGCUAAGCGCAAGCUCGCUCGGGCUGCGGCGGCGGCGUCGUCCACUCCAUCGGCUUCGACUCCCAAAACAGCUGCAGCCCGUUCCAAAGGCAACCGAAGCCGGAAUCCGCGCGAUGAGAAGGUCGCUGCAGCAACUUCUCUUGGCGCCAACACUGGGCUGGAGACACCGAGUCGAGAUGAUGCCCUCUCUCCAGUACAAGGGGACUUGGAAGGGGAGGAGAGUCUUGAUGACAUUGACCGGGAGCUUCUGGGCGAAGGUAGCGGCGAUGAAGAUGACAUCCCGCCCCGUGGACUUGAACCCUCGCGGCCCGCCGAACUAGGGUAUGACGACAGCUUCUUAGGCGGAGACGCCGACGAUGCUUUGUCAUCCGAUGAAGAGGAGGAAGAAGCGGAAGAUGAGGAACUUGACGAAAUGGAUGUCGAGGGUGACGAUAAUUUAUCUGCACCCGGCGGGGAAGGUCGCUACGCGGCAAGCGAUGUUUCGGGGCCCGAGAUGGCUAACGGCAAGCCGGGGUGGAAUUGA